AUGGGAAAAUCAAAGAAUAAACCUCGAGUUAAAGGAAAUGCACAACCAGCGAGUAGCAGUCGAGCUGCAGAAAUUAUUGCAACUAGUGGUCAAGCACCAAUUCAAAAUUUAGGAGGUUUUGCACAGUUCUUAGGUGGGACAGCAUUUUCGAGCACAUCAACUUUAGCAACAAGCGAUAUAGAUAGUGCUGUUAGUAAUGCAACUCUCGAUCCCGAGUUGGUCCUUAUACUUAAAAGGCUAUCUAAACGUGAUCCUACUACUAAACUAAAGGCAUUAGAAGAAUUUGAAGCAUAUUUAAAGAGUAAAGAAAGAAAUGAGAAUGAAUUAACUGGAAUUCUUGAUUUAUGGACGAAAUUGUUUGUUAAGUUGGGAAUUGAUGUAGAUCGUAGAAUUAGAUAUGCUACAUAUUCUUGUCAUCUUACUAUUGUGAAAAUAAUAAAAAAACGGAUCGCACCUUUUCUUAAAGAAAUUCUUCCUGUUUGGAUAAUUUCUUUGUUUGAUCAAAGCAAAGACGUUGCUAGGGUGGCUAAUGAAUCAUUUCAGGCAGCUUUUCCACCUGAAAAACGAGUCGACGUUCUGGUUUUUGGACAGGAAGAAAUAUUAUCUUAUAUUACAGAUAUAAUUUUGUAUAAAACUCCGGAAACGCUAAGUGAUCCCAGAUUUACAUCAAAAGAAGACAUGGACUCUAAAUAUCUUAGAGUUGUUGCAAGUUCAUAUUAUUCUCUUGCUCAUAUUAUAAGUCAAUUAAAAGAAGACGAAUUGGGAAAAAGCGCACAACAAUAUGAUAAUUUGUUUGAUCAUAGUAAAUUUUGGGCGAAUUUGUCUAAUGACACUUCAGUCGUGCGGAAAUCUUGCUAUAGUUUAAUAAAAGUUUUGGUGAAUAGACGGCCAUCUGAAAUUGAGAAACGAUUAGAUAUGUUUAGUAAUACAUAUCUAAUGAAAGUUUUUAACGAUAAAGAUACAAGUGUUCAUGGAGAUCUAUGGGACUCUCUUCUUGUAUUUACCAAACAAUUUCCUGAGUCUUGGUUAAUAGCCAGUAAAAAAAAGCCAAUGUUACCAAAAUUAUAUAACUUUCUCCGAUCCGGUGCUUAUGGUUCAGUGAAUAUUUCAUAUCCAAGUAUAUUAGCAUUAAUUAGUCAUUUUCCUAAAGAGCUAAUAGAUUCUGAUACACAAUUCUAUGAAGAAUUUUUUUCGAAUUUUUGGAAAGGUCUAUUAAGUCCUACCAUUGAUCGAUUCAAUUCUAACGUAUUUCUAAAAGCAUAUUGUGAAUGUUUGAUAUAUUAUAUCAUUAAGUUAAGAAAGUUAGAAAAUGAAGAUAAACAGAUUUUUGUUGUCGAAAACAAAUUUUUUGAAUUACUAGAGAAUUACUUAGUGGCAUUUAAGUCUAAUACCAAAUUUCAGACGGAACAAAUGUGUUCUACCAUAGCAAUACACAUCUCCAUAUUGUCUUCCAAGUUACAAGGGAAAGGCGUAUUAAAAGUUUUAUCCGAAGUGCUUGAAGGACUAACUACACGAGUUAUAACUAGUGGAACUGUUCCCAAUCCUGGUCCCAACGUUGAGAAAGAUUAUAUCGAAUUCUCUCAAAGACUGUCAAGUCUCCUUGUUUCAUUGAUGGAAGAUCAACAAGAAAAUAAUGAACUUUAUAUUAUGGUGACAGCUCUUAUAGAUAAGAAUUUCUGCUUGGCAUUAAAUAGAUGUAAAGAGAAUAAUGGUUGUUCUAUAGGGUUGAAUCUUUUGUUGCUAAAUUUGGCGAAGAAUUUCCCCAACUUUAUUUUUAGCCACUCAACUACCAAACAGGCAUUAGACGAUUUUAUCGAAACCACAUUCAACAAUCUUGUUAUAACUUGCCCAUUAGAUGCAAUUGAUUAUUUAUUUGAAUUCUUUUCGAUACAUUUGACUUACGUACAAGAAUCACAAGCUCAGAAAAGAUGGCAUGAUCUCAUUCGAACUUUAUUAGAACUCGAUGAGUUAAAGGAAAAACUCGAACGUGUUCAUCCUUUAAUAAUUAAAGUCUCUAAUAUUAAACUUUCGAGUACAUUGAUCAAUGAUCAAUUUAAUGAAUUUCUAGUAUUUCUCACUAAUGAGUUAAUUAAUGAUAAAAUUGAUACAACUACGAAAGAGUCAAUUGAACAUGUAUUAGAAACCUCCCUUUUAUCAAAAGUUUCUUUGUCGGAUCAAAAGACUAAGUUUGAAAUCGUUAAUCACUUUUCAAAAGCAAUUGUUGCUUUUGCACAUUCUUAUUACGUUGUUACUGAAGAUUCUGUAAUACGCGAUGAUGUUAUAAUUUUGAUUUUGCAUAUUUUCACAAAAUUAUGUAAUGAUUUGCAAUUCAUGGAAAUUUUAUUGGAAUCCCAUUUAUUACCAAUUUCUUGGGCAAUAUUUGAAUUAACUUUUGUAGAGACUCAUGAAGGAUCUGAUUCAAAAGUUUUUAAAGAUAUUGAAUCAUUAGUUCAAAAUUGCUGGAAUCAACUUUCAGAUUCUUGUCGAGCUCAUCAAAAAGAAGAUGUGGUGUUUAGCCACAUUUCACAACAGAUCAAAGAAUCUAUUUUGAAUAUUCAAUAUGCUGUCAGUCCCACAAAUUUUGCACAACGUGUUAUUAAAUUAUGUACAAGUCUUUAUCAACAUGAAAAUGCGACAUCACAAGAGCUCAUUGCACCUUUCCUUCUUAGCGACAAAGAAUGGCGUCAACUCAGUGAACCUUUGUUAACUUCGUUUGUUAAUCCUUCUUUAAAUAUUAUUGAUCCAAUGAUACUUAUUACUUCCAAUGAAGAGAAGCAAGCUGAUAAUCAAUUUGAAACUCAAUCUAACAUAUAUGAUACCUAUGGAUUAAGCGCUUAUGCGCGGUUAGGUCUAUUUGUGAUAGAAUUAAUAAACAAGAUUGGUAUCGAGUCAUUCUUUGAUGUCAAAAAUUCAUCGAUCGAUGGAGAAAAUAGACGAUUGACUCAUUGGGUGCUUUCAGAACUAUUGUUGAUGCAUGUUUUAUGUACUGAUAUUUAUCGGUCACGUAAGAAAGGACAUCAUCUUUGGGAUGCUACCAUUACCGAAGAAAGUAAUUACCAUGGGUUUAAAGCAUUCCUUAUAGAGUUUCGUACGAUAUUAAAACAAUAUGUGAAACAUAUGGUACAAAAUAUGUCUAUAAAUUUACGAUCACUUGCGACAAAUAUGAAGACCGGAAAUUUAUCUGAGAAGUGUCCAAUAAUUGAUUUAUCAAGUUUAUUUAUUGAUAUUUUGAGGCGUUCACAUGAAAAAUAUUCGUAUUGUUGGGCAAGAACUUUGCAUAUUUUAUUAUCGAUUAUCUUGAAAGAACUAGAUGUAACUAUUGUUGAUGCAGAAGAAUUUUUUGAAAUUGUUGAAUUGGAAUCAUCUAAUUAUAAUCUUGUCACUAAAAUGGCUUUAAUCUUAUCAUUAAAACAAUUCCUUGAAACUUCUAGUAAAUUCAAAAAUUUUCAGAAUAAUCUGGUUGAUAAGUUAUGCAAUUUAAGUGCAACUGAUAUUUUCAAUAUAGACGCAAAUAAUGGACAAGAAUAUUUGUAUCUUUUGAUAAUAAGCACAACAAGAGACGAUGAGUUUUUCCUGACUCCAAAACGUGCCAUAGACUUAUUGGAAUGUAUUUUGAAAUGGCAUGAUGCUGAGGGUGAUAAACUAUUGUUUGACCCUAAAUAUUCCCAUAUUCAAAUUCAAAUUUCGCGUCUUUUUAUCUCCAUCAUUUUACAAAUACAAAUUUCUCAAGAAUCACAUUGGAAUUUUAUUUUCCAGUGUCUACAGAAUUGGUUAAAAGAAAAUGGCCAUUUAGUACUUCGAUAUGAAGCCAUUUAUUUAUUUUGUCGUUUAAAUUAUUUGCAUGAAACUGUAGCUAAAUCCAACAAGUACGGAUCUGAAGAUACAUCAGACAAAGGCUUAUAUGUAUGUUUCCCUGUAUAUAAACCUAUAAUAGACGAACAACUCUCAUAUUUCUUGUUUCAAGAAAAAGACCAUCAGAAAGAAACUUUUUCAGAACAGUACAAUGAAUACUUGGAAAUUUUAUGUGAAUCAUGUCAGAAUUUGUCUAAACCGUUUUUAAUUAAUAAAAAGGAUGAGCUUUAUUCCUUGUUAACGGUGCCUCAUGAUGGAAUUCAAAAAUGUUCUUUUAAGCAUCUUCAUGUUCUAAUUAUACAAAAGAUAAUGAGAUUAUCGGAAGAAUUAGAAUUUACGGAUGGCGAAACAAUAAGUGCGGAGUUUGAUAAGGGAUUGAUACCCUUAAUUAUACAGACACAUGAAAGUAACUAUGUUACCCACUCAGCAAGUACUGAUGUCUUUACUGCACACAAGAUAUUCGGAUAUUUGCUUGGUUGGAUGCUUGUUUUUGAUCACUUUGAAUAUGCGUCAUAUAAAGUUAAAACGCAACUUGUAUCAUAUCUUAAAGAAUCAAAUAAAACGUCGAAUUUAUUAAUGUUUAUAUUCGAUACGCUAGGAUUGUCUGAAUUUAAUAAGCCAUACGAUCUAUCAAAAUGGGAUAUAUCUGAGUUUUAUAUUGAAGGUUUUGAAAUUCAACAUAGUUUUGAUCUUGGAUUUCCUUUGCUUUGCGCACAUUUGUAUUAUCGUUCACUAAAGCAUAUACCAUCAAUUGUGAGAAUAUGGUGGUCAGAAUGCAAAAAACGGCAAUUAACUAUUGCAAUUGAUAGCUAUACAGAAAAAUAUUACAGUCCAAUUAUAAUUCAAGAUCAACUUGAAAUGCUUCAAAGUAAAGAUGUUAGGUCGCAAUUAGAAGAUGAAAAAUUUAUGAUAAGGAUCGCUCGUAGUUCAAAUGAAGUAAUUGCUUCAUAUAUUGUUGAUGAAUAUAUUAUGGAACUUAGUAUUAAAAUGCCAGUUAAUUUCCCAUUACGUCAAGCGGAAUUUAAUACCCUGGAAAGAAUUGGUACAUCAGAAGUUGCAGAUCUUAAAUGGGCAAAAUUGCCUGUUCAAACCGUGGUUAAUUCUCGGAAUGGUAAUUUGGAAGUUGCUUUGAAUUUAUUUAAAAAUAACAUAAGUCUCCGAUUUAAGGGAGUUGAAGAUUGUCCUAUAUGUUAUUCUGUUGUAAGUCUCGAUGAUAGAUCUUUGCCAACCAAAAAAUGUAUUACUUGCAAGAAUAAAUUUCAUGCAUCUUGCCUUUAUAAAUGGUUUCGUAGUUCAAAUUCGACAAGCUGUCCUUUAUGUAGAAGAUUAUUUUAA